AAAUUGACACGUAGCCAGAAACCGGGCAUCCCCGGAAGUCUCCAAUGCAAUAGCAAAGAGCCAAACAAGACAAGAGGGGACGGAGAGAGAGAGAGAGAGAGAGAGAGAGAGAGAGGGAUCGUCUCCGUAGCUCGCCUUUGCCUCGUGCUCUUUGCGCAUUCGGAGCCUCAGUGACCCAUCGACGAAUCUUUGGAACUCCCUCACAUUACCCUCUGCUGCUACUCUAAUUCAUCCGAGAUCAUCAUCCUCCCCGGAAAAUUUUUGAUCAUCCGAACCAUUUGUAUCCCACUUUCGUCGCCGAUCAUCUAUAGAUACUCUUCCGAAACCCUAAGCUCGAUGGCCGCCGCCGCUAAUUCAUCCGCAGCCACUCACUCUCCGCGUUAUCCCUCCUCUGUGAACAACCUCAGCAGCCCCCAAUCUCGCCGCGCCUCCAGAGACGUAUCAUCGCCGUGGGCACAGAUUGUCCGCGGUGGCGAGUCCGAGUCGAUCUCCGCCGCCCCCUCCUCGCCGUCAUCGUCAUCGGCGGCCGCCGUUUCCCGGGAGCUAAUCAACCCUUCCUCCGAUUGCUUGCCCGCGAAGGCUUCUACUUCUGACGAUUUUGCGGCCGAGGCCCAACUUGAGAGCCCUGAUAACGCUAACGGUAGCGGCAAUGCUGGCAAGAAGCCAGCUUGGAACAAGCCCUCGAAUGGUGCCGUGGCCGUCGAGGUUGGUCCGGUCAUGGGAGCGGUUUCUUGGCCUGCUUUGUCGGAGUCGGCUAGGACUUCUGCAAAAUCGCCCUCCGAAUCAUUGAAGCCUCCCGCGGAUGGAGCAUCGGUUGCCCCACCACAGGGAGCUGGAAUUGCAUCUUCUUCUUCUCCGUCAUCACAAAAGCAAGUAAUUAAUAAUGCAAAUCCUAAUUCUACUCCAAACCAUGCAUUACCCGCUUGCGAGAAAUCUACGAAGUGCGGUGGAGCAAGCACGCCUUUGCCUUCUAAUAACGGCGUUGCUCAGGUGGCUGCAGUAUCAUCGGGUGCAGUGGUGGAAAUACCUCCAAAUAAUCCUUCUCCAAUAGACCAUACACAUAAGAAUACUAAUUGGGACUCAGCGCAAAGAGGGUCACAAUCUCAUAGCAGCAGUGAUCACCCUCAACAGCGUGGUUCGUUCAGGAGAGGCAAUGGCAGUCCGCAUCCACGAGGAGAUGGUUCUUACCAUCACAAUUAUGGGGCCAGGCGUGACCAUGACCGUGGGAAUCAUGACUGGAAUCCUCAUCGAAAUUACAAUAGUAGAGACACCCAUAUGCAGCCACAAAGAGGUGUUCCGACUCCAAGGGGUUUUAUAAGACCCUCACAUCACUCAUCCACCUUCAUUACUCCCCCACCGGUUCGACCUUUUGGCAGCCCCAUAGGUUUUGAGGUGGCAUCACCACCAAUGGUGUAUAUCCCACAUGAAUCCUUCAGAGGUGUACCUUUUUUUGCUCCGGUACUACCUCAUGCAAUGAUUUUCCCAGCAAUGGAUGCUCAGUUGCAUGCUAAGAUGGUGACUCAGAUAGAGUAUUAUUUCAGUAAUGACAAUUUGAUUAAAGAUGCAUACUUGAGGCAGAACAUGGAUGAGCAAGGCUGGGUUCCUAUUAAAUUAAUAGCAGGCUUCAACAAGGUUAAGAAUUUGACAGAUAAUAUCCAGCUUAUAUUGGAUGCUCUGCGAACAUCAAAUGUUGUGGAAGUACAGGGGGCCAAGGUAAGGAAGCGUAAUGAUUGGAUGAGAUGGGUAAUGCGACCAGUUCAGUUCCCUAUAGUUACAGGCUCUCAGACCUUUGGAAGAUCUAGUAAUGACAUGUUGGCAGCACGUGUCCAGGGUUUUUCACUGGAGGAGAGAACUGAGGGUGUUAGUGCAAGCAGUCAAGCGGAUAUUCGUGCUGAGGCAUUGCUUAGUAGAUCAUUGUCUGGGGAUAUAGUUAACCAGCCACAGCCAUCCAGCAGUGAAGUCAAGGGCCGUGGUGCAGUUCAGAUCGGUUCUGAUAGCUUCAUUUCAUCAAGAAAUUCAAGUAAGCGAGAGUUGUGCUAGAGCGCACAUGAAAAUACAAUAGAGUUCGUGGGAUGCAGGAGGGUAAGCUUGGGAGGAAGGGGGGGGGGGGGGUUUAAUGACGGUGAAAUGUUGAUUUUUCUGGGAGAUGGACCCCCUGGCCCUGCCAUGGAAUGAUAGAAAAAUGAUCCAAAAAGGGAAAAAAGGAUAGAGAAAAAAAAACUGUUAAAAAAACACUAAAGAUAGGCCCAAAAUUGGAGGGGGGCAAAAGGAGUUUGUCGGGAUCAGCAUGGGUUGGUCUUUUUCAUUCGGAAACUUCGAUUUUGCUUCCCCUGGCUGCUCCCCCAGCUUGCUUUUGUUUGUUUGUUUGUUUGUUUUUUUUUUUUUUUUUGUGUUUUUGUUUUUGUUUUUGUUUUUUUUCCCUGAAUCUUUGUGGGGGUCAGGUUACCUCCUUAAUUUAGGAGCCAAACAUGAAAAAUGGAGUGGUGAAAGGACUUUGGCAAAGCUCAUAUGCUUUCACUGGGGAGACGGGGGAGGGUGGGUUUGGUUUGAUGCUGCAAUCCUUGCUUCUUGGCUGUUUCCCUUUUCAUUUUUAAGUAAUUUUGAAUUUUCUGUCCCUCAUGUUGUGAAGGUACAAUCGUAUGUAUACCUUCUUUCCUUUCUUCAAAUUCUUUCUGAAGAUUUUUCCC